AUGGCUGCCACGAGAGCUUCCAACUGUAUCGAACAUUUCAGUCCAGAAAAACUGAAGGACUGGCCAGAGCCUCAGUGGGUUUCUUCAGUGGAGGUAUUAGCUAGAGAAGACAUUGAUGGAGCUGUGCAUGCAAUAUUAUUUAGAGAAAAUUAUGUUGUGAAGAAAUUGGAUAUGUAUUUUCAGCAUGUGGAUAUUUUUAAGGAAAGAAAAAAGGAGUUAUUACAUAAAAAAUGGGUCAAACAAGUUGCAGAGCCUCUUCAGCAGAAAGUAAUGAAAAAAGUACUUUCAUGCAAAAAAUCAAAGAAAAUAAAACAAGAGAAAUAUGGAUAUUUCUUAGAGCACGGCAACAAAACGAGUACAACCCCUGCAUUGGAUGAUGCUCAGGCUCAAAGGCGGCAAGAGUUGGAUGACAAGAAGAGACUUCAUGCCCAAGAUAGGACAGAAAAAAGACACUGCACCAAAAAACAACUUAAAGACCCGGAGAAAGCCAAAUUAUCCCAGUACAUUUUCACUCCACGCAGUGUGGUCCCGUGGAAUGUACAGGUUUCAAUGGACCGACAGGAGAGACCUCGCUCGUGGGCAGUGGGAGAUGACCAGCACAAACGGGAGGCACUGCCUGUGCAAAGAAGAGUGAUGACUGCAGAUGUCCUGGGGAAGUACCUGGACUCUGUGCACAAGAUGGUCAGGUCGGGACGUUUGUAAUAGAGCUUCCUUGCCUUCACAGGGCAGGGUGUGUGUCCCAAGACUGAGAACCUCGUUUUUCUUUCCAUAAGUGGAAAGACCUUGUAAGAAAUAUCCAAAUAAUAGCACUUACUGUUUAUUGAGUUCUGGUCAUGAACUAGGAACUUUGUGUUCAUUGAAAUAUUUUAACAGCAAGGUAGCAUUGUUAUCUUCCAAUAUUUGAUGCUCAGAGGGUCUCAAUGACUGGUGUGAGGCCAACCCACGAGGCCAGUUCCUCGCUGAAAAGUGCCGGUGUCCUUCUGUUCCAAGGCCAAUCAAGGCCCUGC